GGCAUAUCCACGAGGCGGAGGUUGAAUUGUCGUGGAAAGAGCUAGAUUAGUGCACUAUACGCACACCAAAAAUAAAUUAUUUUAAUGAGUCUCGAACAUUCCACCUGCUUCACAUUAAUCCGCUAGCUGCAACUUCUCUGUGAGUAUCCAACUAUCUAUAGCCUAAAAAAACGGAGACAGUUACGAUCAUGGAGUCACCGGACGUCGAGAAUAUCGUGUACGAUCACCGCCUAUCGUCGGUGGUUCCGGCGACCAUUACCGGGGAGGGCAGGGUUCUGAAUCUGACAAACGCUGAUUUGGCGAUGAAGCUGCACUACCUAAGAGGCGUUUACUUGUUCAGAAGCGAAGCAGUGGACGGCCUGAACACCGGUGACCUGAAGUCUCCCAUGUUCCGGAUGCUGGAGGAUUUCUAUCCGGCCGCCGGCAGGAUCCGGACGUCGCCGGAGGAUGGGCGGCCGUUCGUGAAGUGCAAUGACAGCGGCGUUAGGAUUGUCGAGGCUAAGUGCAGCAAAACCAUUGAUGAAUGGUUGGAUAUGAGUGAUCAAUCGGAAUAUGAUCAUCUUCUCCAUCACGAUCAAGUUCUCGGCCCUGACCUGGGGUUUUCACCUCUUGUUUUUAUACAGAUUACUUGGUUCAAAUGUGGAGGACUCUCGAUAGGGAUAAGCUGGGCUCAUGUUCUUGGAGAUGCAUUCUCACUUUCAGACUUCCUCAACAAGUACGGCCCAGCCAUGGCAGGCCGUCGUGAUCUCCCACCUAAGCAUCCUCAUAUGCCAACUGCCGACAACCACAACUCCCCAAAACCUCGUACUCAGAAGCUGUUCCCAUUCUCCCUAGGAAGCGUUGGCCCUGUCGGAGACCAUUGGAAACUCACCAACACCUGCAAAAUGGCAACACAAUCUUACCACAUCACAGACAAGCAACUAAACGCGCUAAUCUUCAAGGUUUCAGGGCUAAAACAGUCGGCCAAAGUUAAGCCAUUUGAGGCAAUCUCUGCGCUGUUUUGGAAAUCUUUGGCUAAAGUGAAGGAGGGAUCAGGGUUGGAGACUGUGACAAUUGUCAAGAACGGCUUUCAUAGUAGAGGAAAUGGGCUGCUUCCCUGCAGAAAUGGGCAGGUGAUAAGUGCUGUUAAGGCGGAGAUGAGGGUAUCUGAGGCUGAUGUUUUGGAGCUGGCUAAUCUGAUUGGUGAGAAGGCAGUGGAUGAAACGGGGAUUAUUGAUGAGACCAUGGAAGAAGAAAAUGGGAAGUCUGCAGAUUUCUUUGUGUAUGGAGCAAACCUGACAUUUGUGAACUUGGAAGAGGUGAAGAUUUAUGGGUUUGAUAUGAAGGGGCAAAAACCCAUUUUUGCAAACUAUACCAUUGGUGGGGUUGGUGAUGAAGGAGCUGUUUUGGUGCUGCCUGGGCCUGAGAAUUUGAAGGGUAAAGAAGGUGGAAGAAUUGUGAAUGUGAUCCUGCCUGAACACCUUCUUGGGAAGCUGAAAAAUGAGAUCAGUAAAGAAUUGGGCACUUCACCAAAUUAAACUAGUCUUCAACAAAUGAAGUACUGUGUUUAAUUUUCAUUAUUUCUGUUGUAAAAUUUCAACCCAAUAGUCCUUUGUGUGUACUUAUAUACAUGUAAGCUUGAGGAGUUUGCUCAAAUGUCAAAUCAUUGCUCUAAAACCAUUUCACAUAAUUUGCUCAACUCGAAUGGUUUUUAGAGCAAUGAGUGGAAAAAUUUGUGGGAGAGUAAUGCACUUUCCAACACUAUAAGUUGUACAAUAAUACUAUAAUGUGCAAUUUAGUUAAUUUUAAAGUGUA